UAAACUCUGUAAUACCACUUGAUCCAUUUUCGACUGGGUACUAUGAGUGAUCAGGUUACCCCAGCAAAGGCCUCAGAGCAGGCAGCCUCCAGGGCGGCGCUCAUGAAACUCCUCUUUUUUGCUGCAACGCUCGCCAUCCUACCAAUCUCGUCGUACUUCCUCACAGAAAAAUACGUUUGGUCUGGCAAUUCCAACUAUGCUGCAAUCACCGCCAUAUGUGCAGCCAAUGUAGUCCUCAUUGCGUACAUCGUCAUUUCUUUGAUGGAGGACAAGCAAUUGUUCAAGGAAGCGGAGGAGAAGAAACUAUCAGAAACCAAGAAGGAGCGAUAAAACCCAUUGAUACGGUAAUACUCAGGCUACGGUCGUUUGUCGUCUAGGCACUUUCAAUGCAUGCAUUCUUUCUGUUCA